UUUCGGUCCUCUGUUUUUAGGGCUAUGGGCUAUGGCGCUCCUCUCUCCCGUCGCAAUGCCGCUCCGGCUGAGGAGUCCAGGCACACGGCCGGAGCUCUCCACGAAAUCGAUAGCUGUUUCGUGCUGCUGGAGCGAAGAAUCGCGAGGAGCGAGAAGAAUGCAGGCACUGGUUGCUUUGGCCGGAUCGAUUUUGCUCGCCGCGCAGCCUGCCUGGGCAAAUGCUGAUCCUGUGACGCCGUAUUCUCGAGCGCAGGAGCCUCCGGAGAUGGGAUUAUUGGACGGGAGAAUUCGUCCGUGUCCACUGGACAUUAAUCCCAAUUGCAUCUCCACUUCUUCGAGAUAUGGAGCCUCCGCGGCGAUUCCGUGGACGAUUCCAGACAAGGAUUCUUCUACCGCUAUCCAGAAAAUCAAGGACGCAAUCCUGUCUACCGAGAAGAAUCCAACCAUUGUGGAAAUCAAACACUUAGAAAAUGGUGGUGACUACCUCCUGGCCGAGAUGGAUGGAUUUUUGGGACGAGACGCCAUCGAGUUCCUGGUGAAGAACAACACGGUGACUUACAGAUCAAUCGCAAAGAAAGUGGUCUACAUCUAUCCUCUCACCACGCCGCUCACCGAUUUUGGCAAGCAACAGAGUAGAAUCGUGUCCCUGGAAAAUCGCCUCGGAUGGACAUCGCCAUCGUUCCAGGGCUUUGGCGAUUACCCAGAAGAAUAGCGACGCAUUUAAAAAUGAAAGAAUAUCCUCAAGUAUAUA